AUGCGCCACCACCAACGUGCGGCGCUGAUAUUAAUUGCUCUUGCUUGCCUUCUCGCCAUGUCUGCGGCAGUAAUUGACGAUCAGCGAUUCGCUCUUAAUGGGAGGACACUACGCACGUCAAUGACGUCUGACGACGAGAAGGAUGACGAUGACAGAAUGGUCGACCUUUCUGGCUUGGGCCAGAGCGCGAAAUUAACCGAGUUGGGGGCAUUGAAAGACAUAAAGAUGAAGCCGAUUGCCGCCUUGACACUGUCGAAGCUUGAUGAGGCGGGCGACGACCUAUUCACGAGUCCGAAAUUCAAAACGUGGGUGAACUACGUAGCCUCCGUCGCGGAGAAACACUCGACGACAACAAUGAUGUCGAAGUUGACAGCUCAAUACAGCGACGGGUCUCUGAUUAGAAUGCUCGAAGCAGCGAAGAAGGUGGAGGGGGCGAAUGAGAUCGCACUGAGAUUGCAGCAAAGACAGGUGAGGACAUGGAUUAAAGCAGAAAAAACCGCAGACGAUAUUUUUGAGCUCCUCAAGUUGGACGAAGGGAUCGAGAAACUUCUUACCAACUCGAAUUUGGGCACAUAUGUCAGCUACAUGAAUCUAUUUAACAAGUACAGUCCUGGAAAAGAAACGACAUUGGUGAACACGUUCGUGACUUACUACGGAGACGAAGCGGUGGCGAAGACGAUCGAGGCGG